AUGCCGCCUCUGAUCCCCGUGGAAAGGCCAGUGGCAGAAGCCAUACCCAAUCCGAAGUCCAAAUCCAUGCUGCAAGCGUUGCAGCUUCGUGCCCGGGCGCGCGGCCGAGGCCGAGGGCGCGGGCGAGGCAUCAACGCCAAGGCGAUGCCCAGGCCGCCGGCAAGAACCCCAUUGAAGUUGAAGGACCUACAAGGGCCAGUUUUCGCGGGCGCCGCAGCAGCGGGUGCCGGCCUACAAACAGCACAGUAUGGCAAGCGUGCCGGCGACCUUGCUGCAGCCCUGGAUAAGAUCACGCCGCCCUCUCUGGCCUCUGUGGACUCAGAAGCGCUGCCCGCGAAGAAGUUCCGGAAGUACUGCAUGGAAGGCGCACUCGAGGAAGUUGAAGUCUCCAAGGAGGCCAGGGCGAAAUCGGCUGUGAGUUUGGGUGAUGACUUCGUCGACUCGGAAGCCUCUGAGAGCGACGAUGAGUUGGAUGAUAACGACGAUGACGAGGACGAAUGUGCCCCGAAGAAGAAAAAGCGCAAAGGUCCUGGGCACGUGAAGGAUGUUCCGCCAGGAGCCCCGGCCGCUGCAUCCGCUUCUGAGGAGGUCUUGAGUGCCAUUUCAUCUGCGGAAGGCGCAGGCGAUGCGGUCCUUCCUGGUGGCAGCUCAUUUGGGCCUCGCUUCAGCAAUCUCUCCCAGAACGAACUUGCGGCAGCAAGGUCGAAGUGGCAGUUGCACAGCCUGGCGGGCACCGAGCAGACCAGCUCCGAGGACAACCGCAAGGCCGCCGCCGACCUCUUUGCGAUCCUGCGUCAGCGGCGUGAGGCGCGCGAAGGCACAGCCACCCAGACGGAGGAGGUUGCGGAGGCUCCCAGCCGCCCCGUCUUCCGCCGACCCCGCGCCAAGACAGCGGAAGCAGAAGCCCCGCCCGCUGCCACACGGACGGAGGCCUUCAGCACUCCAGGAGUUCGCAUACUGGAAGAGUGUGUCGCUGGUUCUGGACAAAGAGUUCCAGGCCGCCGAAAGGCAGCGGAGGACGUGCCCGUAGCGGUCAACGCUGCCAAGAAGCGAAAGACUGCCUCCGUUUGCGUCGCGCAAGAUGCGGAUGGCUGA